UCAAAUCCAUUUUCUUAUAAAUACUCUAGAAUUUUCAAAUUAUAAUCAGUUAUAGAUAAUGCGUUCAACACGUAAGUGGGAAUCAGAUAAGACUGGCAAAGGUUUCGUAAAUUUCCUUAUAAAUAGUCUCCCGUUUGAAGCCCAUGUUCCAAAAUAUCAGUAUUGUGGACCUGGUACGAAAUUAAAAAAGAGGUUAGAUCGUGGCGAUAAAGGAAUAAACCCAUUGGAUACUGCAUGUCGUGAUCACGAUAUUGUGUAUGAAACUAGCAAAAAUUUAGAAGAUAGACAUAACGCUGAUAAGGUGUUAGAACUCCGUGCUUGGGAAAGAUUUAAAGCAAAAGAUACACCUAGAAAAGAGAAAAUUGUAGCGUACGCAGUAGCUAACACAAUGAAAGCUAAAAGAAAAAUAGGUAUGGGCUGUAAAGGUAAACGGGGACGUGUUAAUAAAAUAAAAAAUGGGACACGAGCUGCGAUAAAAAAAAAAAAGGUUAAGAAAAAUUAUAGAGGUAAAAGACUGAUUCUAGCACCAGGUCAGACAGGUGGUACAAUUCCCUUAAUACCUAUUUUCGCAGGAUUAUCAGCACUUGGUAGUUUAAUGUCUGGAAGUGCUAGUGUAUAUAAUGCAAUCCAAAAUUCAAAAAGAAAAAAAUGUAACGGAUUAAAAAAUAAAGGAUCGAGAAAAAAAACUGAUGAAAACGUUACCUAA